AUGGCGCUUAUCAAAGAUAUCAACAUGGACAAAACAGAGUGGGAUCUCAAGCUUCGUUUGAUUUGGUGCUACGAUAAAACUUUCAUCAAUGAUAGGACUUGUGUGUAUAAAUUCGACUGCGUGUUUCAUGAUUCUGAGGGUAUGCGCUUGCAUGCUACAAUUAAGAAAAAUAUCAUGAAUCAAUUCAAGCCCAAACUCAAGGAAGGAAAAGUCUACCGUUUGAGGGAUUUCAUUGUUGAGAACAACAACGGAAAAUAUAAGACUUCAAUUUUUGAGUAUAGAAUUAAGUUUUAUGGCAAGACCAAGUGUACUGAAAUUAAUGAGAGAUCCUUUCCCAAUUUUAUGUUUGAGUUCAAAAGUUUCGAACAGCUCACUUCAGCUACUCAUAUCGAUGAGAAUCAUUUAUUCGAUGUGAUUGGGCGGGUGGUCAGUCGUCAACCUCCGCAGAUCGAAGAAAUUGAUGGCAGAACUUCACGUUUUGUGGAAGUUGUUCUGGAAGAUUUG